ACAAACUCUUCACAACGUGACAUGUCAAAAGAAAAAGCUACUAUAUCCAAUCAAACAGAUGGUAUCGAGAAAAACCUAAAUAUCGAGUCUCCUAUUCCAUCCACUUCGUAUCAACAAAACAACGAAAAUAUUUUUAUAUCUCCCAAAGAAUUUCAACCACCACUCCGUGCAGCCGCCAGAAAAAAUACAAGGAAAAGACGCAAAGCGGGAAGGAGUCUAAUUGCAACUGACACUCCUGAAAAGGACCUCUUGGAAAUGGAGCAACAAGGUAAAAGACGAAUAGUUCCGAAGAAGACAAAGAGAGUCCUAAUGGAAAGUUCAUCGUCAAGCUCAGACACAUCGUUGGUUUUAGACAGUGAUAAUGAGACAUCAGAAGAUGAAGCGUUGCCAGAUAUGGCAGAUAUAGAUCUAGCGGACAUAAAAACUAUUUUACCAAAGCCUCAUAUUAAUGGAAGUACCUCAAGGCAAAAUUCCUAUUUUAAAUUUAAUGUUAAUUUAGGUUUAUUAGAUGUUCGUUAAAAUUCCUAUUUUUUUGUAAAAGUUAUGUUUUUUUUGUUUUGUUUUUUGUUCUUAGUUUUUUAAAAGAAGUUCUUAUUUUUGUUAACUUAUUUUUAGAAUUUAAAACUUUAAA